AGAACGAGAGCAAAUGAUUGUGAACAAUAGUGAUUACUGGACGUGGUGAAUCGGGCAGCUCUCAUUUACUUUGAGCCAUCCCAAAUAAUCCCGUGGUCAUACAGAAUCAUCUGAAGAUGACCCUGAAGAUGAGGACACCAUCUGCACUGAUGACUUCAUUUUCUACUUCUUCUAUGCCGUCAAACCUUAAGAUCAACUCCUCUGGACAGCCAAGUCCCUGGCUGAACAACACCACCUGGCAACCCGUCAAAUCUUCCAAUUUAGGCUUGUCCUGCUUCACUAUGAUAUUUGGCGCCAUCUCCAACCUCACGGCUCUGGGCAUCCUUGCUAAGUCACGUGUCCGAUUUCGUCGCCAAUGCAGAGCACCAUUCCUGCUCCUAACAGUGGCUUUGCUUUUGGCUGACCUUGCAGGUCAUGUGAUCCCAGGAGCCUUUGCUUUGUAUCUGCACAUUAAUAAGAUGUAUAAAAUACAGGCAGGGAAGCCCACUAAAGAAUUCUGUCAGAUCUUUGGGGCGAGUUUGGUUUUUUUUGGCUUAUGUCCUUUAUUGUUGGGUUGUGCCAUGGCAGUGGAUCGCUGUGUGGCCAUCACCCAGCCCUUUUUCCACGCUGCUAUGAUAACAUUGGGUCAUGUGUGGCGAGUUGUGUUAUUUCUGCCCUCUAUUGCACUUGUGCUAGCAGUUCUACCUUUUUUUGCUGUUGGAACUUAUACUACCCAAUCACCUGGGACGUGGUGUUUCUUACCUAUCCAUGGACCACAGUCUCGAGCUGACACCACUCUGGUUCUGGCCUUCUCAUGUCUGGGCCUCACUGCGCUCAUUCUUUCCCUACUCUGUAACAUCCUGAGUGUUCUGGCAUUGCUUCGGGCCAGAAUGAAGUCCUACAGUGUUGAUAAAUCAGCAGCUCACUGCAGUCAUCGUGCCUCGUCCACGUCUUCCUCCUUGUUUUGUUCAUUGGAUGUGGAGAUGAUGGUGCAACUAGCAGUCAUCACUGUGGUUUCCUGUGUAUUCUGGGGCCCUUUUCUUAUCCACAUUCUUGUGAUCCAGAUCAACCAAGAAACUUCAACAUAUGGGAAAGAUAGGUUCAUUCUUUUGGGCUUACGUAUGGCCUCCUGGAAUCAGAUCUUGGACCCUUGGGUUUACAUCCUACUGAGGAAGACUGUGCUUUUCAGAGUUUGCUGUGCUUUCUACACACAGAGUCCAUCAGUGAUAGAAAAUAGGUCCAGUGUAGACGGGCAGGCUCUCGGUCUGCAAUGAUGUUACUUUUGCACUUUUCCUGUUUUUAUUUUUAUGCUAACUGAAAUAAAUUAUUUCUUUCAUGUGUGUUGUGAAAAAUGUAAACUUUGCUGUUUUGUGUUCAGCAGGGCUUGUUGAGGGCCAUAUUCAGCACACCAAGCCUCUACAAGGGGGCAGUGUGAAUAAGGGAU